AGCAGCUGAUAUGACAGGCAGAAGCCUGUGUUUACUUUCCCAUCAGGUCCCAGGGGGAUCUGUGCAUAGGCCCCUCACAGCUUCUGGAACAGCCACGGGCAUAGGCGUCUGACUGUACGGAUGUCCAACAUUGGAGAAGACACCAUGGUGAAGGAUGCUGCUUCCUCCGAUAGGGAACUCACUGAAUUCAGUGACAAUGUCAUGGGAGAAAUUAACUUGCAUGCAGUAGAGUCCAUUAGUGACCUGCAUUAUGCAUCCAGCAGACUUGAGGGUGCCAAGGUCUCAGAAGGGAGCAGCCAAUCUCAGCCCAACACUCCAUGGACUCCUCAGAGUGCUUCCUCCAAGCACUUCAUUUUCCCAAAUGAAGGGAACAUGUCCUUUCUGCCACUCCAGAAUUUUCCGGUCCUCCCUGCGGUCACCUGCUGUCCUUGCUUCAGUCCCACAUGUUGCCCCACAGGCUUCUUUGCUCUCCUCGGAGUGCUUGUAGUGGCUAGCCUUGGCCUAGCCACACUGGCUGUGUACCUGAGUGUCUUGCAGCGUGAGUCACUCCGUGUCCUUGCCCAGUGGCUGGAGUCUCAAGAGGAGGCCAUCCGACAAAUGAGAGCUGUGAGCUUACAGCUAUGGAGGCAGCUAAAUGCCAGUGAACCAGGCACUUAAACCUGAGUUAGAGACAGUCUUACCUCUCAGCCCCAACUUUUUCUCAUGGGAGCUUGAUUCCAGUGUUGCAGAAGAGGGGGAAAUGGACUCACUGCUGGCACAUUUUGGCCACUGACAUGUGUUGGUCUGAGUUAAGUGAUCUCUAAGCAAAAACAAACAAACCCCACAACUCUGUAGAGUCACUAGUGGGUGUUGUUGAGGUUUGUGUGCCCUGUGGGCAGCAUUGGCUGCAGGACUGGAAGCUGCCUGGGGAGGGGAGGAGCAGACAGGAAGAUACCUUACCUGUAGAGUAGGUAGAGGGUCUUUAACUUUCACCUCAAAUUUUCUUUUCUUUAUUUGAACACAGUAUUUUAAAAGAUACCAUCAGCACCUUAUUUGCAUUAUAUUCCUCUACUUUAUACCCACUUUAAAUUUUGCCCACGGGGCACCUUUGCAGAGAUGUUUUAAUAAAACCCACAGCUUCCUUUUGCCAAGGUGUGCUUCUCUCCUGAACAGAUCAGCACUGCAUUUGCCUAGGCUCUACCUAUAAAAAAAGGGACCAUCAGCCUACAAACAACUAGGCAUAGAGGGAAUCCUUGCAUUAUAUCCAGCUGUUAAAAAGGAAGUCACGCUGGCUAUCUGUGUCAAAACCUCUAUAUCAUGUGAAUUAGACGUAUGAGCAUGUCCAGUUCCUAAUUUAUGCCUAAUCCACACCCCCUGCUCCACAGAAUACAGGAAUCACGAUACUGGUUUUACAAGACCCUUUCUGCAGAAAAAAUGGGUGUAUUUUCAAACUGUUCUUCACAAAGGCUAGAUUUUAUUUUAUUUUUAAACAAAAAAGGGAUAGCUGAAAUUCUCCACAUUCUUCUUCUACCUUAUGCUCAUCUAGAUUCUAACCAGUCAUGGCAAUGAAGACGUAUAGACUCCCUGACUUGAUGCACCAACCCCAAAGUUCAGAACUGAGCUCAGAGUACAAAAGUUGCAGGAAGCUGGCAGCAAAAUCCCAGGUGGCCCCAGCAGUGGAGCUAGAACAACCCCGUAGUUUGGCACUAGGCUAGGGCAAAUCCUCCUGAGCAAACAGCUUUCUGUGGGCAACUACUCAAGAUGCCUUGUGAUCCAAGGGUACAUACAUUCUUUGUAUAGGUCUGCGCAACUCAGCUAGAAUCAGAGAAUGCCCAGUAAGGAAAGGCACAACACAGCUACUGGGCUGCAGCACCCACAAUAGGACACCCCCUAAUCAUUCUGCAAACAUCUAUGCAACAUGUGAUUCUUGCCCCCAGACCUGUACACCACUGCUGAUGAAGUCACGUUGACAGGAAUAUAGUUUUUACCUGCCAUAGACAAUUUGUUAACUUGAUGUCUAAUAUUUUAUCUCGGUUUAAUAUUAAAUAGGACAAAGCUGACAUUUUCUGUUGACAACACUAUGCAGGCGGGACGAUGUGUUUGAGGGAGAAAUACAACAAGGUACCUUGAGAAAAAGUGUGACUUCUAUUAACUUUGUUCCGUGAACAGCUAAACUAUGAGCCACUUCCCCAUUCUGGCCAAGAAAGGCUUCUGUGGAGCUCGAAGAUUUAUGCACAUUAUACCUUACCCCAUUUGGGAUGAUAAGAUCCUAACAAUAUAUAUUUUGGAAACCAAAAUGAGGGAAGGCAAGGGUGCAUUCUAUGCAGAAUGGUGAGUCAGUGAUAGCUCAGAAUGCUGCAGGAUUCCUCCGUUUGCUGAUUUCCUGGUACUCAUCUGCAGGGUUAGAAUUCUGUGCAAUUGAGUGCUGCACAGACUUAGAAUUCAGCAGAAUAUGAAGAUACAGAUGUGUGUGUGAGAGAGAGAGAGAGAGAGCACACACAUGUGAGCAAGCAUGGAUUAUAUAUAUUGGAUCAGAUCCAGACUAAGGUAGUUGCACUUAAAUCCCACUGAAAUCAAUGGAACUUAAAUGCAACUAGCUAGUCUGGAUCACACCCGUUAUAUAUAAAAAUGGAUUUCAGUCUUUACAGCUGCAAAAAGAGGUUUGGAAGCAUGUAGACUAUGCAUGGCAAAAAAUGAUGAGGGCUAGUAAGAGUUGCAGCUGCCAAAACAGUGCAACACGAGGGCCCCUGCAUAACUUCCCCACCCUGAAAUAGCAGAGGAAAAAUAAAGUAUGCAACAUGUAUCUAUAUAUUCAGAAUCCAGCUUUUUGAAGCCAGAAGGGCCCACUGAGCAGGGCAAAGCAUUAUGUGCCCACUGCUCUUUCUGUUUUGUGCUAGCAAAUAAGCCACAAGAAACUUCUCUUGCAACAAGGGAAAGAUGCCCCACUUUGGGAAAGAGGAGCUUUCUCGGGCUGGCAAUGGGUAGUUCCACAGCACAAUGAAAAAGGCUCUUUCUUUGCCCCAAGGCUUUGGCUGGCUUCUAAUCCUGCCACCAAAAGUAGGGCAAUUUUCCAGAAAGAAGAGAAGCAGCAGCCACACGAGUCUGGAGCAAAACCAAAUGUAUCAUCAAGUGAGAGAAUGAAAUAAUUGCCAGUGAUGUACAGGCCACCAGAGGGGCUGCAAUGCAAGAGAGAGAGAAAAGAAUUAGCAGCUGCAUGAGCAGAGAAGAGAUACAGCCACCUUCAUAGUGUUGUCAACCCAGCCUUUAAUCAACUACUAUGCUGAUUUCUAAUGCACAUUUCAUUCAUUCACAAGGAAAAAUAACUUCAACACCGGAGGGGAAUAACCCAAGGCACCCAACCUCAAGCCAGUCCUUUCACUGCCUCCAUCCUGGACACUGCAGUCUUUAGCCUCACAACUAAGCCAGCCUCCUGGAUUGAGGACAUCACUGGGAAGUCCACACUGCAGAAAGGGGUGGGAAGAAGAUCCAGUCCUUGAUUUCACUGCAUAGGCUGCAAUAGCAGAAUGCGUUCAGCAAUGGAGACAGAGGAAAAAGACAAGGCUUAAAUCACUGGCUUAAAAAAGCAGUGGGGGGGGAAGAAGACCCCCCCCAACCUCGCUUAGAUUUUUUUGUUAAAAAAAUUAAAAUGGCACCUGCCCAUUGCUAUCCCACCAUGAUUCAAACAUUCAGGACAUUUAAAUACUAUUCUGUACAUAUAUAAAAGCCCCCAGACAAUGGUGGGGGAGUAGAGAGGGCAUGGCACAAGCCCAUUUUUUGUAAUGAGUUGAGGCAAUGGGGUUCCUUUGCCCCAAGCUCUCCCUCCACCCACAAUGUCACAGUGGUCCAGGUCUGAAGUUCAUUGGCUUGAGUGGAAGGCAGCAGAGGAGGAAACAAGUUCCCCUCAAAGGACAUCCGCUCGCUUAUCUCGAACACGGCUCCUUGCUUUUGUCCGGGCCUUGAAGGCAGCUGAGUUGUACAGGUGCUGGCGGGGAUAGAGAAAGAGAGAUGGGAACAUAAGAAGAGCUCUGCUAGAUCAGACCAAAAGGUACAUCAAGUCCAACAUUGCGUCUACGGAAGAAGCCAGUCAGAUGCCUCCGGGAUGUUCACAGACAUCUGGGAUGUUAAGGCAACACCACAGCCCAACCCCCUGCUUUUUCUCCCUGAUAUAUACACUGGUUUCUGCAGGCCAUCUCCACAUAGUCUGGAGACUUCAGCUACACUGGGUUUUGCUAUUGCGUUUUGAGUUUAGGGCUUGAAGAAUCAGAGUGGACACGCAUGCUGUGUUCUUGUCACAUCUUUAGGUAUCCAUGGCAAGCUGCCAUUUGUGGGCAAGAUGCAUAGUUUCCUGGCGUUGUAGGAAAAAAGCCUGCAGAGCUUGAAAGAACCAAGCAAGGCAGCCAAUAGCCAUAGAAAUUCUAGGACCACUGCUGACCUACCUUCUCAAAGCGUGAGAUCUUGCUGACUUUAAUUGCCGCAGCAUCCAGCACUAGCGGGGGGCCCAGCUCAAAUAUCUCACGCAGGAGCUCAUUGUUCUGGGAACAAGAUGACAACAUCCAUUAGGCGGAAUCUUGGAGCCAAAAGAGGAGCAGCUGAGCAGGUCCCCACAGGUUCAACUGCAUGCAGGCAGUGAAGGUCAACUCUGGGGCAACUGGAUCUCCAACGUGCAUUGCUCUGUGUACAACACCAGCUACAAAUGCCUCCCCUCCAAUUUCUUUCCUCAGGGGCCACACGUGGAUUCCUUCGCCCUUACCUGAAGGUGGUGCCUGACCCCAGAACCAAGAGCCUCUUUGAAGGCAUUGUAUGUUCUUCUCCUUGCCCAGCUGUCCACAUACAUACACUCCAGUCCAAACUUGAUGGUCUCCUCAUGGCACUCCCCAUUCUGGAGCAGGAGAAAAUGCAGUUGGAGACUCCAUAGAGAAAAUAAAAGAGCAGAAGCUCACCCCACCCCACCUCUCAUGAGGAAAGCUCAGCACCAUGUUGUCUCAGUCAAUGCUUGCUUCAUGGACAUUAAAUGCACCACAGGAUAGUCAUUUAUGGAUAUUUCCAAUUCCAUGCAAGCAUUGGUUCUGCCAAAGUGCCAACCACAAGGGUUCUGGACAAAACUGACUCUUGAAUACAGGACCCUGAAAAGCAGGGCGGCCUAGCUGCCCUAAGCAAUGUUGUUCCUUUUAGCAUCAAGGGAGUGGCAGGACAGUAAUACCUUUCCUCAGCCCUCAGGAGGGGAGGAGAGCCUCUACUAAUAGGCCCCCCUCCCCCAUUUCCAGGAACAUAGGGAUAGCACAAAGCUUGAAUCCAAGACGGAUUUUGGAACCUAUUUUGAACUCUGGGCCAUAACUGUGGGGGGAAGGGGGGAAUGCCUCUUAAACAUGCACAAAGUGUAUUUCUCUUAACAGUAAAUGGCCACAUUGGGGUGAUGGGAGCACAAAGAUCUAAAGUUGCCCAUCUUUGGGGAAAUUUAAGAGCUGAAGCAAUGAUUGGGGAAGAGGCCUCUUCUGAACUAUGCAAGAAGUGCAAGCCAGGCUAGGCACCUCAAUGAAAUGCAGCACAUCACGAAAGAUGGAGCGUUGCUUGCGUCGGUCAGUCUUGGCUCGGUACUUAUUGCUGUCUGUGGCCAGGGCUUUCAGUUUUGUACACAGCAGGUCAGUGUCCUCAUAAAAGAAAUCCUCCUAUGGCAAAAAUGAGAAGAAGAAGUCAACCAGAAGCUUUCACUUGCAGGCCGCAGGCCACUCAACAGGCAGUGAGUGGUGUACAAGGAUACAGAGGAUAUAGCUCUUGUUUUAUUUUUCUGUAUCCCUAUCUCACAAUUCCUUCAGAAAAUCCACUGGGGGAUAAAACUGUGCUCCUAGUGUUCCCUUAUCAAGGUACGUACUUGUUCAGGUCUAUAUGCGCUUAGUUACAAUAAGGGAAUGGGAUCCUAUGCCUCAAAUCUAUUGAGUGAAUACAGAGUAGGGAUCUGAGGAAUUAGAUUACUGUGAAUUUCAGUGCAAACAGAUCUGAUCCACACCUCCUGAACAAAUGUGCAGAUUGGAAAGUACUCACGCUUUAGAUUUCACACUUCUCCGAAAUUUGUAAUACAAUGCUCAGGUUUUUUUUUAAACCAGCAUGCAUUGUUGGCAGGCUGGCUAUGAGCCUAUAAACCUGAGAGACACUCCACCCCAACAUGGCCUAUAUGAUUUUUUGAAAUGGCUUCAGUUUGGUUCAUUUUACAAAGAUGCUGCUUGAGACCUGAUGGAAAAAGUAGCUGAAAGAAGUCUAUCAUUUCAGCCGAGAGGAUGUUACCAGUCAUAUGCACAGGACAUGACCUUUGGCAAUCUGAUCAAUGCAAUCCCAAAAGUAAUUGUAAAAGUUUGGCCCAAUAAGAGAAGCCCAUUGCAUCAAGCUAGCUAAAAGGUGAAUGCCACCACCUGUCUUCACAAAAGAAAAGCCCAUUACCCUGACCAUACGACUCAUAAUAGGUAUGGAAAUUAAGGAAGGACACCUGCCUGAGCCAAUCAAUUCUGUAUUCUCCUUUGAGGCUUUUGUCCAGAAAGGUAUAAAAAAUUGACUCCUAGAAACAUGUUCUGGGUCCUGGUUGCCCAGUUCCACUAUGAAAUCACCUGCUGAAUGGCUGUUCUGGGCUCUGGGUCUUGGUCACCCACCCUGCUGAAUAUCACUCUACCUCAAAUCGCCUGCUGAAUCACUUAGCCAGUCAGAACCCAGAGACUCUCCCUGCUCUACCUUCACGGUCGCUGGACCCCUGCCUGCUGAAACAGAGGCUCCUACUUGCUGAAGCUGCUUCAAAAGCUCUUUUCAGGGCUCCACUACUUUUCCUGCAUUGCUCUGGACCUUUGCUAGCCAAAGCAGAGAUCCAAGAAGCCAUUUCAGGACCCCUGCCUGCUGCAUUGGCUGUUCCCUGGUGUGACAGGAAUCUCAAUGGGCUCCAGUUCUAUUUCUAGAUUGCCCCAUCAGGGCUGGGAAAGGUAUAUCUCGCUCUCUAUCCUGUCUUCUGGAGGUCCUUUCCCUACAAAUUGUAACCUCCACAUCUGCUCCCUUUGCCUAUCUUUGACUGUGUGUGUGUGUGUGUGUGUGUGUGUGUGUUUGUGUGUGUGUGAGAGUGUGAGAGUGUGAGAGUGUGAGAGAGUGAGUGAGUGAGUGAGUGAGUGAGUGAGUGAGUGAGUGAGUGAGUGAGUGAGUGAGUGAGUGAGUGAGUGAGUGAGUGAGUGAGUGAGUGAGUGAGUGAGUGAGUGAGUGAGUGAGUGAGUGAGUGAGUGAGUGAGUGUGUGUGUGUGUGUGUGUGUGUGUGUGUGUGUGUGUGUGUGUGUGUGUGUGUGUGUGUGUGUGUGUGUGUGUGUGUGUGUGUGUGUGUGUGUGUGUGUGUGUGUGUGUGUGUGUGUGUGUGUGUGUGUUUGAAAAGCCAUGCUCUGGUCCUCCCUGCCCAGCUAUGCAUGACUGAGGCCUAGUCUGCAAAGCGAGCCCAGACAGAGAGAGAACAGGCAGGCUAGUGUACCUUCCUCAGUUGUGCUGAACUCUACUCCCUACCCCAUCUCUUCUGAUGCCUUGUGUGCUUGUUCCUUUGUGUGUUUGUAUGCUGAGUGUGUAUAUGAGUUCAGCUAUGAUUAGGUUUAUGUACGUAAUUCCCUCACACAUUGUUACUGAGCUAUCCCCAUUGAUGUCAAUAGAUAUGUAAUGCUACUGAGCUAUUCCCCAUUGAAGUGUUAAAUGUAUAUAUUUUGAUUCUGUGUGUAUAUGCUCAAUAAAUAACCCCAUGUUUAA